CAGUUCACCCAGAUGAACUCAAUCGCUGCACCAUGUUGUUGACGUGACAGCACAUGACGACUCCACCUUCAUUCGAGGCGAUCAAGUUAGUUCAAGUCGACGCCAUGCAGGGAACAAGGCGGCAUCCCCACACUUAGCACGAUACCCAUUUCUCCAUUUCGUCAGGCGAAACAAUGACAUGGGCCACGCUGCGUCACUCGUCUCGACUCAGGCAACGCUAAAUUGCAUCUGGAAUUUGCCUCCUCCUAAUGCGACCACGGUCCAUUUCCGGAGCGCUUCCCGUUGUUGUUGUUGAAUUUUUGCAGAUUGUGUGUUGCGCUGUGGACAUAACUCGUCCGACGGUAUUACCCGGGUUCGAGCAAGCUUUCUAAGCGCAUAUGUCAUAACGCCCAACCCUAAUCUUUUCCCUAGAGUGCCAGUCUCCGCUACUCCCAGCUACACCUCCGCGAGUGGAGCAGAAGAGCAAUGGAGAACCGACAAGACGCGCUGCAGAGGUCGUCGACGGUCUCGACGACUACCACUACCCAAGGCCCACACACGGUAACGAACACAAGCUCUACAUCGGGUGGCCAAGGAGCACUAGUGACGACGAAUGGGCCGCAUUCAACGACCGUCACACAUCCCACAGUCACCACGACCGUCCAGACGCCCGGCCGCCCCUUAUCAGCAGGCUCGAUCGAUUCCUCUGGGCGGCGCAGCCCAUCGAUCCGGAUACGCUCACCACCAGCGCACCACCACACGCAACAUACGCAUCAUGCGCAUCCCGCACCAGCAACCGACGACGAAUGGCAGGCCAACAGGAGAAGGAGCGUGUCAGCGCCGCAACCGCCGCCGCCAGCGCUCUUCCAGGACGACGAGGCCUUGCGACGACAGAAAACAGCCGACCAACUACGGCCUGUUCUCGAGGAAGGUGCGCGGACGGGCGACGUGAAUCCAAAUGGCCCUCCACCUGCGCGAGGACCAAGUGUCAAGAGACGGCCCCUUGCCCCAAGACAACUCACAGCACUUAACAUGCGACGCAAAGACCACCACUCGAACCAACACAACAUGGACGCCAGUAUGGUAGACGUGCUCGAUGUCAUUGACCCCGAAAUCUCUGCUCUCACAACUCUGAAUAAUGUCCAGAAUUCAUUGUUCCUCCCCAACAUUCCAUGGCUUUACAACCGCCAGCCCACCUAUGAUCUUGGCCAGUCCGCGUCCGACUCGUCCGACGAGGAAGCUGCUAACUCAUCCGGCCGUCGCGAGCCGUUUAUAGAAAUGACUCAGCAAGAGGAGGCGGAACGAGCGGCUGCAGGCCUUUCCAGGACCAACACACUCGAUUCCGUCUUAUCUACCAUGGAAGAAGGCGACGAUCACCACUACGCCGUCUUGCCACAUGGUGCCUCGCUACCAGGAUGGACUCGUGCAGACAAGGCCGCGCUGGAUGAUCACGUACGCCAUCUUUUACAUUCUCGACGGGCAAGGUUCAAGCGGACUAUGCGUGGCUUCGGACGUUACUGUCGCAACCCUCUGGGUCUCAUCGUGACUCUCUACUUCUUUCUGAUCACCUUCUGGGGAACUGCGUGGGUACUGUUUCUUAUCGGCUGGAUCUACGUUGCCGGUCGCCAAGCCUACUUCAUUGAGAUUGCUGACCAGGUCUUGACGGCGUUGUUCUGUGUCGUCGGUAUAACCAUGUUCCCAUUCCGUUUGGUAGACACAUACCACAUGAUCUAUGUUGCUCACUUCGCGCACAAGACGUGGCGUGUACGGAGAGAACGGGGAUUAGGCAAGUUGAAAAACCACAACGAACUUCCAGCCAUGCCCCGAGCGCCAGGAGUGGACGCGACAGCAGCAGCAGAGGAGUUGGAGCGACAACUUGGUAUCGAAGCCCCUGUGCUUACACCCGAGGAGCAGACCAAACUCGAGCAUCACCAGGCGAAACUGGCUAAAUCACACACUUUCUACAGGCCACACGAAACUUACACGCACAACGCAUUUUCCAUUAGACUUCUCAUCGCUAUUGUUGUUCUUCUCGACUGCCAUUCCAUGUUCCAGUGUGCGCUUGGUGGAACAACGUGGGGCAUUUACUACAAACGUCGACCCAAGGCACUUACAGCUAUCAUUCUUAGCUUUAGUUUGUCCUGCAACAUCACUGCUGGUAUACUCAUCGGCAGGGGAGACAGAAGGAGUCGCAAGAAGCUUGUCGUCGAGCAGCUCAUGCGACAAGAAAUGACCGAAGAGGCGCUGGAGGUGCUCAGGAAAGAAAGAGGUCUCAAGGCGAAGGGAUUAAAAUCUAGGAAGCAGAAGCAGAAGGCUGAAGAGGCGCUGGUUGGGAAACAAAAGAAUCCCCUGGAUACCAUUUUGCAUCGAGGGUAGAUUGCUUUAUUGAAGCAUGCUUCGAUCAUGCUAUAAUACCAUUAAUAUUUCUUGUGCGUUAGACUCUCAUAUCGUUCAAGCGCCUGCUUUUUUAUGUAGUUCAGAUAUCCUCUGAUUGUUUGCAAAGCCUUUAGAUUCACUGUCGCUCCAUUUGUCAUUGUUGGUUUUGUCUGCUACUCUUUCCUUUUCUGUUUUAUGUUGCAUAAAUUUUCAUUUAUACACAUAGGUAUUACAAUCCUAUACAACCUGCGCUCCUCUUUAGUCAUCAAUCAUACACAUCAUCCU